GCCAUUUGGGAUGCAGCCUUAGUAAUAGAUGUGUUGUAAAAAUAUGUCUAAUACACUGCCUGGUGUCAUGAUGUGAUGCCACGUGGGCACUACCCUCAGGUGGGCAUCGCAGUGAGCUGUGAGGACCUGUUCAGUAACUGCCAGUGGAACGUGUGUAAUGCCUUUGCCAUCUCUGUGGCGCGACGCACUGAGGCGGGGAAGGUGAGGGCUGAAGAUCGAGAAGGAAUGCAGCUGAAGCAAGUGAUUCCGCGGACACAGACGGAGCAGAUGGAGUACAGCAUCGCGGCAGAGAGAAGGAGGAUGAGACUGAUCCACGCUGAGAUCAUCAAAGACCUACUGAGCAGCAGCACAGCUCAACUAGGUGAGUGCCAGGAGUAUGAGGAUGCAGUGCCAGCCGAGCGGACGCAGGUAGAGAGCGUGGAGCUGGUGCUGCCGCCCCAUGCCAACCACCAGGUCAGCACCUUCGGGGGCCAGAUCAUGGCCUGGAUGGAGAACGUGGCCACCAUCGCAGCCAGUCGUCUGUGUAGUGCCCACCCCACUCUGAGGACCAUAGACAUGUUCCACUUUCAGGCUCCGUCUCACAUUGGUGACCGACUGGUGCUGAAGGCCAUUGUUAAUAAUGCCUUCAAGAACAGACAAUGUGAUGUGAUCGUCCAGGCAGAUGAGGAUGACACUAUCUACCGUGUGGCCACUCCAUGUGUCAGUAAGGGGGGAAAGGGCCAGGACUUCAUUCUCAUGGCCUCUAGGAGGAAGCCCUGUGACUCCAGGGACCCAUACCUGAUUGCCCUGCGCUCUGUCACCCUGCCCACCCACCUUGCCACUGAGGAAUACACCCGGGGAGAAGUACUCUGUGCCGGCUUCAGUAUCUGGGAGGAGUCCGACUCUGUCACCAAGAUCUCCUACUACAACCAGGCCACGCCGGGAGUCCUCCCCUAUAUCUCCAACGACAUCGCAGGCCUUUCUUCCAGCUUCUACGGCACCUUUCACUCCUGCAGCAAGUACCUGGAGGAGAACAGAGACAGCCUGGCCACCCUGCCCCCCCUCUGUCCUGUCACAAAUGGUAUAGUCCUGGAAGUUCUGCCCCUUUGACCUAUGAUAGAAUGGUACCAUUCUCCUGGCCGCCCUGCACCACUCUGGCCUGUGAAAGAAUGGUAUCACCCAGCACCCCUCUGCCCUGUUACUGAAUGGCACCGUCCUGCUGCCCCUGCACCCCUACUAAUAUGUGCACUUGGAGAGGACCAGGAUAGCUUGUUCCCUUUACACCCCUUCUGCACUGAGGAACAACCUACCCUAUCCACCCCUCUUCUCUUUGGUAGACCUGGGAACGCCAGUUCUGGGAUAUCCCCCCAAGGAAAUCGGUAGUUUUGCAUUUCUAAAAUGUGGGAUUUUCAAAUGUGGGAAUAGUUUUGGGAUUAUUAAUGUUUGUUACUCUUAUUGGUUACUCUUUGAUGUUCCACACUACAGGUUACUUCUUACAGGUUACUCUUACCUCUUAGACUGCCAGCUGGUGAAUUUCCAUUAGGAUAAUAUUAUAUAGAACUCACCUCAUCUUUGAUAUUUUGUGCAAUACUUAGCAAUACUUGUGUUUAGGUCUUAUCUGGGCAUUAAACAGUUAGUAGCCCUAUGAACAGGAGAAGUAUGCAAACUGGUUGUUAUGCAGUUGAGUCUGACAUGUUUGUACAUGUUUUUGUCUUGUCUCUUGCUACCAAACUGUGGAUAAAAAAGCAGACUAGUUCAAGUCGCAGUAUUUACAUGCAACUUGUUUUAUAAUAGGCUAUUUUCUACCUCCUUAAAUCAAGUUCUUAAUCCACCAUUUGCCUUUCGAAACUGUAGUCGAGAUGUACAUUUACUGUAUUUGUGAUAGCAUUUUGAUUUGAGAGACUAGUGCACUGUAUAAUCUCAGAAUGAGCCACAUACACUUUGCUUCAUAACAGGUAUUUCAACAUGAGUAGACGCCAUGAGGUGAAUAAAUAGCCAUGAUUUCACCCGAACAAUAAACACAAUAGACCAGUGACCCCUUUGUUUGACCUCUCCCUUGUUCCUUACU